AUUUGCCAUGUGUUCAUUCUCUCAUCUCACAAUCACAUCACACAUAUUUUGUUGUUUAAUUAUUAAUUAAAGUUAAUUAUUAAAAUAAUGGAAGUCCUCGUCACGACGGACCACACGCCCUCGUCGAACACAUCCGUCACCAUCUGGAAUCCUUCGACGGGGACGAAACUACUGGCGUUAAAGGGACCUUGCGCCACGACAGGGUCGCUCGUCCUUCUCCGCGACGAAGGCCUCCUCAUCGCCGAGGUGGGAAAACCCUUCGUUCACCUUUGGCAGGUCGGGAGUCCGUUGCAAUCAUCCCGAAGAAUAAUUUGUCCCGUGGGACAGCAAAAAUUAGGUCCAAUGACGGCCUCUCCCGACGGAAAUUAUAUCGUGGUCGCGAUCAGUGAGAAAAUCAAUGUGUGGCAGCCUGCCACCGGCCGUGUCGUUGAGGUCAUCUCGUCCGCACAUUACCGACCCGUCACCGUUCUUCAGUUCACGGACGAUGGAACUUAUCUAAUCAGUGGGGGUGCGGAUGGUAUAGUUUCUGUGUGGAGUUUCCUUAAGCUCGUCUCCUCCGCCGAGACGAAACCAACGUAUUCCUGGUCACACCACACGUUACCAGUGACCUCCCUCCAUGUCGGGUCAGGCGGAAGGAAAGCGACCCUUUUCACCUGUUCGGAAGAUCGCUUCGUUAAGAUUUACUCCCUUUUGACGGGGUCCCUCGUACUCUCUGUCGCUUUUCCACAACCCCUCCACUCAAUCGGGGUGGAUCGUUUGGAAAGGUCGUUUUUUGUGGGGGGAGGCGACGGGACGAUUUAUUUCUUCAACUUGACAAACCCCCCGAGAGGGAUGGAAGCUCAGGUCACGACGAGUGAGGAUGCCGUCUUGAAAAAACAUACGACGAGAGUGACCGCCCUUUCUAUAUCUGCGGAUGAGAAAAAUCUCGCUUCUGGCGACUCAGAAGGGUCCAUUUUCAUCUGGGACUUGGAAAGUCGUCAAGCCAUCAGAACAAUUGGAUCGGCAAGUUCCACUGGGUCGAAAGGGCCCGUCACAAAUAUCGCGUUUUGGCUCAAUGACCCCGAUUCCUUGAAGGGUGGGAGGAGUGGGAAAAAGCCGACCAUUUUCUUCCCCGAUGUUCCCAAGCUUAUCGAAGGGAAUGAGGAUGAUGCCGACGGCGAAGAACUCAUCAAAGUAUGGAACAGAGUUGACCAAGGUGACGAUUCUGAUGACACCAUGACCUCGUCAUCAUCAUUAUAUUCAUCUUCCAGUCGUGGUGGGGACAGCCUCGCGAAAAUCAAUCAGCUUAAAAUGGACUUAGCCCAGGCGAAGGAAACCAACCGGAAGUUGCACGAAUUUUGUGUUACUGAUAUCUUUAAUAGGAUUGAAAAUAGCAAACAUACCGACACCCAGUCCAACAAGAGGAAAAAUAAAAGUAAUAAGAAAUGAAAUUAUGGGUUACAUAAUCAAGUUUAAUAUUUUUAUGCUAAAAAUUAUACCAUAAAACUUUUUAUAAGUUAAAAUAUAUCCGUUAAGACAAAUAA